CUCCUAAAAUAAUAAGAAAAAAAUUAAAUUUUGAGUUUUGUUAUUUUUCUGUUGUUUUUUUGUCUUUGUCUACGGUCAAAAUUUACAAAAUGACAAAUGAAGCUAGUGAAAUAUCUAAAAACGAGUUUUUUAAUGAAAUAAAGUUUGGUUUAAUGAACUCUGAAGGCUUUUAUCUAACUUCGGAGAAGUUUGGAAAUCAAAUUAGUGUCACUGGAACUUCGUUGCGCAGUAAGCAAGUUUGGCACUUUGAAAAAAGUAAAUCCUCGUCGAUGAAAGGUUACUUAAGAAGUCCUCAUUUAAAGUAUUUAGAGUCAGACAAAAAUGGCAUCGUUACUUGCAAUAGCGAUACUAAAUGUGAUUCUUUUCUAUUUGAAGUUGAACUUACAGACGAAGGUAACUGGAUGUUUAAGGAUUGUAGUGGAAAAUAUCUUUCUGGAACUAGUAAAAAUAUUAAUUGCCAAUUAAAAGAAAAAGCGGGGCUAAAUGCAAUAUGGGCGAUCCAUAUUACAAAUCAUCCUCAGUGUAAUAUAAUGAGUGUAGCUCGGAAAAGAUAUGUUCACGUUUCAGAUGAAGAAUUUAGAGCUGACGAAGAUCUUCCGUGGGGUAAAGAAUAUGUUAUUACAAUCGAAUUUUGUAAUGGAAAGUAUGCUUUUAGAGAUUUAAGCGGUCGAUACUUAAAUGGUGUAACAGGUUAUUUAGAUGAAAAAUGUAGCAAUGACACACUUUUUGUACUUUAUCUAAACGGAUUAAUGUACGGCUUUAAAUGCAACAAUAAUAAAUUUUUAACUGUUCAAGGUAGCAAGGGAAAACUAAUUGCAAAUAAAGAUAACUUUGGCAAAGAUGAACAGUUUUUGAUCGAAGAAAGUAAACCUCAAUGCAUUUUUACUGCAAGCAAUGGCAAAAAGUUCUCUGUAAAACAAGGGGUUGAUGUUACUGCCAAUGUUUUUGAAGAGGCUGGUGCGUCUGAAAUAUUUCAAAUUGGUUUUGACAUAAAUAGAGAGGAUUGCGUAACCAUAGUUACAAAUUUAAAAACAUACCUUUGUACAACAGAUAAAUCAGUCAUUGCCAAGUCUGAUAUAUCUAUGAACAGUUAUUUUCAAAUGGAGUGGCACGAUCAACACGUUAUGCUAAAAAACUUUUGUGGAAGCUAUAUAACUUCAUCGUCCGGUGGGAAGCUUUCACUUGUAUCUGAGAAUAACAAAGAUGAAAACUCUUUAUUUACAAUCCAAAUAGUCAAUCGCCCAAUACUUGUUCUUCGUUGUGAAUAUGGUUACGUUGGAUUAUCAUCAUCAUCAACAAAAGUUAUGUGUAACCGUGGUGCUGGAACUGCAAUGUACGUAUCAAACGAAAGUGGAAAGUAUCGUUUUAAGUUUUCCGACGGAAAGUCAUGGAAAAUAAAAGAUUCAGAUUCAAUGAUUUUUUCUGAUUUAGAAGGUGAUUUGUUCUUUUGCCAGCUUCAUAGUAAAAACAGAAUGGUAAUUCUUGCUCCGAAUGGAAAAUAUUUAAGAAGUGAUAAAAAUGGAAAUAUUUACGCUACAGAGGAGGAAGUGAAGCCAUCAAUUUAUUGGGAGUAUUAAAAAAAAAACUCAUAAAAUAAAAAGAUUUUUUUAUUUAAUAUGUUUCUUUAAUACUAUUUUGAGAUUCAGUUUUAGAUAUAUUAUUCUUCUACUUCAAUUGUAAAGAUUACGAAUGAGUUUAAAGAUGUGUGAAUUAUGAUAAGAUUAAAAUGUUUCACUAUUUAUUGGUUACAAAAAGUAUAUUAGUUGUUAAAAAUCUUAUUGCAGACCUAAUUUGUGUCGUUUGCUUGUUAAAAGAGGCUUACUGUUUAAAAAAAAUCUUUGAAAAGUU